UCUCGUCCUACUAUAUAUUCAUUUUCUAGGGUUUCAACCUCUCUCGUCCUACUAUUUAUUCAUUUUCUAGGGUUUCAAAGCUCCAAACCGUUGUUGAGUUGCAGACGGUGCUAGAAAUGCAAAAACCAUGCCUACCUUUACUGCUAUCGCUCUAGAGAGCUUGUUGGAACCUACCGUUGGAGAUUCUUCUCCGAAAAACCCCUUUCCUUCCAAGCAAUUACCCAAACAAUCCAAAGAGUUGGCAGCAGCGCCCAAGAGAUCUUCUCACAUUGACAUCUCUCCCGCUCUCUACACCACUCCCAAAUCCGCUCUUUUCCCCAACUCUCCCGCUUCUGUCUCCCCUUCCCCCUAUGUCGUUAACCGCAAACGCCGAGAUGUCCCGCCGCCCAACAAUCGGCUUGACGGAUUCCAGGUCGAGCAUAAACCUGAGGAACAGAGUGUUUUAGAAGGGGGUGAUGGUCUGCUGAAUCCAAUGGGAGAGCAUUGUGCUGCCGCCCCAUUAAUUGAUGUUGAAGAAGAAGAAGAAAUGAAUGGGAGUCCUUCGGAUGUUGGUGGUGGAGAAAUAUUGGUCAAGGAAGGCAAUCCUGAGAGAGAUGAAGUUUGUUUGGAUGGUUUCACUGAUACCCGUGAUUCAAUGAGCAUCACCAGCAGUUGUGAUGCAGAUGAUGGGAGCUGUUUGCGGCGGAGCUUCUGGAAACAAACACCUGUUUUGAGUCAAAGCGAGUUCUAUGAUGCCCCAGAAGAAUUCUUCUCCGAUAGUUCUGCUUCAUCACCCUCUUUCAGCUCGAAUCUUGAAAUUGAACUACGUGCUGUAAGGUUGAGUCUGUUUGAGGAGAUUGAGAGGCGGAAAAAAGCGGAGGAAACUCUUGGUCGCAUGCAGAACCAGUGGCAGAGAAUUGUUGAUCGUUUGUCUGAGUUUGGGUUCUCAUUCCCUUUGACAUCUGAUGCUGGAAAUGCGCAGCUUGAGGUAGACUCAACAGAGCGGUUCUGUCAAGAAGUUGUGGUUGCAAGGUUUGUAUCUGAAGCUAUUGGAAGGGGUCAGGCAAGGGCUGAAACUGAAGCAGCUGCAGAGGCCAUCGUUGAUUCCAAGAACCAUGAAAUUUCGCGGCUGCAAGAUAAGGUGCAGUACUAUGAAGCUGUGAACCAUGAGAUGUGCCAGAGGAAUCAGGAAGUUAAAGAGCUGUCACGCCGCCAACGAAGAACCAGAAAGACAAGGCAGAGAUGGAUAUGGAGCUGUAUAGGCCUGUCUAUUGCCCUUGGAGCGUCUGUGCUAGUUUACUCAUAUAUACCUCAUGCCGGUGAGUCAUUGUCACCAGCCUCUGAUGCCUCCCAGACACCUUCAGGCAUGCCAGAGUCCAGGAAAGUUCUUUAAGCCAUUUGGAUAGCAAAACCUGUAUCUGUUCUCUUCAAAGGGUGCACACUUUUGAAGAUUCAUAUUUGAAGCAGAUAUGUGCCUUUUUUCUUCAUAUAUGCAGUUUGGACAUAUUUCUGAUCAUCGCAAGUGGAGGAAAUAAGACUGACAGAAAAACUAUGUCGAUAGAAGUUAGUACCUUGGUUGAGGUGAAUGUCAACCAACUCUCUGAUAAGACAC